CCAAACCCGCUAGUCGCGAGGCAGAGACAGUGGGUAUUUAAGGCCGCGUCCUGCCAGCCAGGGCAGCAGUGACAAGUCUGUCUUGGUUGGAUCAUGUCUUACCUAAAGGUUGUUGCCGCCGUGCUCGCCCUCGUGGCCGCCGGCGCCGCCCGCCCAGACCACGGGGCCGCCCCACCUGCACCUCAGCCUGCUUACGGUGCACCCCCGCCGCCACCCACAUAUGCCCCUCCUCCCCCACCUCCUCCCCCACCUACCUAUGCCCCUCCUCCCCGACCUACAUAUGCCCCUCCUCCCCCACCCACUUAUGCCCCCCCUCCACCACCCACCUAUGCCCCCCCUCCACCACCCCAGUAUGGUCAGCCUGAGCCAGAGACAGCGAAACCCGCCUACUCCUUCGACUGGGCCGUCAAGGACGACUACUCCGGCAACGACUUCGGUCACCAGGAGAACCGCGACGGCUACAACACCGAGGGCUCCUACUACGUGCUGCUGCCCGACGGCCGCGUCGAGAGGGUCACCUACACCGUCAACAAGGACUCCGGCUUCGUGGCCACCGUCGAGUUCGAGGGCGAGGCCAAGGUGGAGGAAAAGCCCUAUGGCCAAACACCCGCCCCAACUUACGGCCAGACGUAAACCCCGGCAUAGGCCUAUCACACAUGACCGGCUUACACCUCAUCAUGCGCACCAAAGCAUCCUUACACAAUGAUUGAUAUCACACACUCUUGUACUAAUGACGUUCAUAUCAAACAAACAUUUCCACUAUUUAUUGAUUCCAAAAGAAACUAUUCUUCCUCUAUAUAACUUAUCAAAUUACAAAUGUGAGAAAAACGAAAAAUAUAUGAAGAGAAAAAAUAUACA